CGACGUAAAGAUCCCGGCUUCGUCUGUCACGUGACCUGCACUGCAGCCGGGUCAUCCACUUCAAACUUCAUGCACCGAGUCUUUCUAAUCUACCGAAUAAAACACUGAAUCUAAAAACAGGCUGUCGUUCCGCAUCUUUCGCAAUCUAACAAUAGAUGAUGUCGCUGUCCGCGGCGCGCUCGUUUCUGUCGGAGGCCGCUUAUGGCGAGCAGGAGCUGGACGCCAAUUCAGCGCUGAUGGAGCUCGAUAAAGGUUUAAGGUCUUGCAAACUGGGUGACCAAUGUGAAGCCGUGGUCCUUUUCCCCAAACUCUUUCAGAAGUAUCCCUUUCCCAUCCUCAUCAACUCUGCCUUCCUGAAACUGGCAGACAUCUUCAGACUUGGGAACAACUUUCUGCGACUCUGUGUGCUGAAGGUCACGCAGCUGAGCGAGAAACACCUGGAGAAGAUUCUGAACGUGGAUGAGUUUGUCAAAAGAGUGUUUUCCGUCAUCCAUAGCAAUGAUCCUGUUGCCAGAGCAAUAACUCUCAGGAUGUUGGGAAGCUUAGCCUCCAUUAUUCCAGAGAGAAAAAAUGCCCAUCACAGCAUCCGGCAAAGUCUGGACUCUCAUGAUAAUGUUGAAGUAGAGGCGGCUAUUUUUGCAGCUGCUAGUUUCUCAUCACACUCCAAAGAUUUUGCUGCAGGAAUUCGCAACAAGAUUAGUGAAAUGAUUCAAGGACUGGACACUCCAGUGGAGCUGAAGCUGAAGUUGAUCCCGAUGCUGCAGCACAUGCACCAUGAUGCCAGUCAGGCCUCGUGCAGCAGGGAGUUACUGCAGGAGCUGGUGUCCUCCUACCCCUCCACAUCCAUGCUCAUCGUCACGCUGCACACCUUCACCCAGCUGGCCACCUCCUCACUCGUCGAUAUCCCGGAGCAGAUUCAUCUACUUCUCCAGUACUUGAAGGAGGAUCCCAGAAAAGCAGUGAAAAGACUCGCCAUUCAGGAUCUCAAGCUCUUGGCUAAAAAAGCUCCUCAUUUGUGGACCAGGAAGAACAUACAGGUGCUAUGCGAAUGUGCUCUCAGCACCCCGUACAACAGUCUCAAGCUGGGAAUGCUGUCUGUCCUCUCCACGCUAUCCGGUACCAUUGCUAUUAAACAGUACUUCAGCCCUAAUACAGGUGAGGCGUCUCCAGCGCCCCAACACACUGACCUGGUGAAGCUGGCGCAGGAGUGCUGUUACCAUAGUAACCUGGCAGUGGCAGCCCAUGGAAUCACAGUGUUGACCAGUAUCGCCAUUUCCUGUCCAGAGAAAGAGGUCAUCCAGCUGGAACAAGAAACCGUGAUGGGGAUGGAGUCUCUCAUUCUGCUCUGCAGUCAAGAUGACAGUAAGACUGCGCAGGACACACUUAAAACGGUGCUCACCUCUUUGGUGAAGAUGUUGAAGAGCUGUCCUCAUCUCAGUCAGAGUUCUGUGGAGCUCCUGCUGGCGCAGCUGCACUGCGUGUGUGACUCUGCGCGGGUGCUCAUGUGUCAGGCUCUGGCUGCUAUUGCCACACAGCAGCCGGUGCUGGCAGAGGGAAUGCUGGGAGACCUGCUGGACCUCUUCAGGGUGGCAAGUCACAGAACCUCAGAGAAACAGCAGGAGCUUCUGGUUUCCUUGGCAACAGUAUUAUUCGUGGCCAGUCAGGCUUCACUCUCGGCCGAGGUAAAGACAGUGAUCAGGCAGCAGUUGGAGAAUGUGGCCAAUGGGUGGACCGUGUACCGCAUUGCCAGACAGGCCUCCCGCAUGGUGAGCUGGGCUAUGAGGGAGGAAGACCUUUCUGACUCCAUUUUCUCUCAGGCGGAGCAGUGUCUCAGCGGCCUUUCAGAUGGAGACUACAGCGCAGCCAUGAGCGCCAUCUCUGAAGCACUCAAAUCCUACCAGAAGGGAAUUGCUUCUCUCACGGCCGCCAGUACGCCGCUGAGUCCUUUGUCAUUCCAGUGUGAGUUUGUGAAGCUGCGUAUAGACACUCUUCAGGCCCUGUCCCAGCUCAUCUGCACCUGCAACAGUCUGAAGACCAGCCCCCCUCCUGCCAUCGCCACCACCAUCGCUCUGUCCUCAGGCAGCGAGCUGCAGCGCUGCGGCCGCAUUUCAUCACAGAUGAAGUUAUCCAUGGAUGAAUUUAGAAGUCUGGCAGCUCGCUAUGCCGACCUGUAUCAGUCUUCGUUUGAUGCCGACUACGCCACCCUCCGUAAUGUUGAACUACAACAGCAAAGCUGCUUGCUUGUGUCUUACGUUAUUGAGGCUUUAAUAAUUGAUCCGCAAACGGCCAGUUUCCAGGAGUUCGGCACACACGGAUCAGUACUGGCAGAGAGCGAGUAUGAACUGAAAAUGCUGGCUGUGUUCAAUCACGUCCUGGAGGAAGUGGAAAACUUAAGCAGGAAGCACCCUCCUGUCUCUUACCUGCACACUGGCUGUCUGUGUGAUGCUGUCAUAGCCAUUUUGAAGGUACCACUGUCAUUCCAGAGAUAUUUCUUCCAGAAGCUUCAGUCCACCAGCAUUAAACUUGCUUUCUCCCCAUCUCCUCGUACACCAAACGAGCCAAUCCCAGUACAGAACAACCAGCAGCUGACUUUAAAGGUGGAGGGGGUGGUGCAGCACGGUUCCUCUCCAGGCAUGUUCCGCAAGAUUCAGGCCGUCUGCCUCCAAGUCAGCUCUACUUUACAGACAAAACCAGGAUCCGACUUCAAGGUCAGAUCAAAAAACAGUGAAAUUUUACAAACAAUGUAGCCUCAUAAUGAUUACUUCAGCACACAGUUCCUGCUCAACUUCUCCAUCCUGGGCACUCACAUCGUCUCUGUCGAAGCCUCGGUUGUAGACACCAGUGGGAUCGAAUGGAAGACCGGACCGAAAACCACCGUAUCAGUCAAGUCUCUGGAAGACCCUUAUUCCCAGCAGCUGCGCCAUCAGUUACAGCAGCAGCAGACCGGCCCACAGCCGGGACCCCAGAGGAACAUCGGUCCCCGCCAGUGACCUCCAACCCUCAUCCACUGCGUAUCGCCUAUACACUGCUGAUUGAUAAGCUUUCUUAUUUGCGUUCUCUAGUGUUUUGUACGAGUAAACAUCUAUCUGGUUAAUGUUUCCUUGUGUAAUAAUAAAUAGGCCUACAUUUUCUUCAGUUGUAUACCAGAAUA